GUGUUCAAAGUUAUUUUGUCGAUUGAUAAUAAAAUAUUAGGUAUGAUCAUUGUGACGCAAAUAAGUAAUAAUGACGUAUCUAGUUUCUGUGGCUUGUUCUAUGUACAACAUUUUAUAAGCUAAAGAUUAUGUCAUACUUUUAUUGCUGGGAAUAUUGGUACAUAAUAGUAAAGUGCCCACUUAUUAUAUUCCUCAAUAUACAGUAUGGUACAACAUUUUUGUAUUUAUUGAUAAUUUUUACAUCAAAAUAUUAGAUUAAGCCUUUUAUAUUUAGGGGGUGCACAUUUUAAACUCGGGGUGCACAGGGGACUUGCACCCCACUAGUUGCGCCAAUGAUAGUAAUUAUUUUACGUAUUCAUAUAUAUGGUUUUUGAUGGUUAAAUUGUAUCAAGUAGCUUUUUGACAAUUCAUUGGUACCCAUACGAUUUUCAUACAUAAAUAAUAAAUAUACGGUUGGUAUGGGUAGUGUUAUUAGUACUGUGCAUGGGCGUAACUAAUUUUUUGGGGGGCGCUUUGCACUCCUAAAUUUUGUGUGGCUGUUUUUUACAAUAUUGGUAAUAGUAAAUCUUCUGAUAUUAUAAAUAAUAAUUUAUGAUAAAUUUUCAAAAUAUAUUAUUUUUCUAAGUUAUUUUAAUUUAUAAUGGUCAAUAGAAACACCAAAUUCGUUUAUUAUUUGUACACGAAUAAGUAGAAUCAGUAGGUUCGGAGUUGCAGGGAGUGCUUGAUGAAUCAACCUGUAUAAAUACAAAAUACGACAGACAUCUUACAAUAAUAUUAGUAAUCACAGUAAUAAAAUAAUAAAAUAUAAUUAUCUAAUAUAUUGGUAAUUAUACUAAUUUAAUAAAUUCAAUAAACUGCAUCACACUCCUAACUGAACGACCACCCUACGGACCAAAAGACGACACUGCUCAGACAUGGAAUUGGCCACUAGCAGACUGGCAAUAGUGACAGGCGCCAACAAGGGCAUCGGGUACGCCAUCGUAAAGGCUCUGUGUGAACGAUUCGACGGCGAUGUUUACCUUACAGCCCGCGACGUCGGCAGGGGCGAGGCCGCGGUCGGACGGCUGAAUGAGCUGGGUCUGAAGCCUAAGUUCCACCAACUGGACGUGACCGACACAGGUAGUGUGUCCGCGUUCGCCGCGUUCGUGGCCCACAGCUACGCGGGCAUUGACGUGCUGGUCAACAACGCCGCGAUCGCAUUCAAGUCGGACGCCACCGAACCGUUCGGCGAACAGGCCGAGGAGACGCUCCGGGUCAACUACUUUGCACUGCGGUCCGUGUGCGACGCGCUGUUCCCAUUGCUAGUGCCCGGUGCUCGGGUGGUAAAUUUGUCCAGCUCUACCGGCCGCCUGUCACUGAUUCCGGGCGAAGAGCUCAAGCGCACGCUGUCCUCGCCUCUGUUGACCAUCGACCAGCUGGACGCUCUGAUGCGCCAGUUCGUGGAGAAAGCCAAGGGCGGCGAUCAUGAACAAUCUGGAUGGCCGUCGUUCUCGUACUGCGUGUCCAAAGUCGGAGUUAGUGCGCUGACAUUUAUACAACAGAGGGCAUUUGAUGAAGGCCCCCGGACCGACAUUGUGAUCAACAGUGUCCACCCUGGCCACGUGACCACGGACAUGAUCAGUCACAAUGGAAUAACGUUUACCAUUGAACAGGGGGCCGAAGUUCCAGUUUAUCUGUCUCUGUUGCCUGCAGGUGAACAAAAUGUUAAAGGCCGCUAUGUCUGGAGCGACAAGACCAUUAGAAACUGGUGCGAAUGUUAAUCAAGUAAGUUUAUACUAAGAAAUGUAUGCUAUAUAAAUAUAGCGCAAGUCUGUAUAAAUAAAUUAUAGAAUAUAAAACAAAACAAAAGUUUUUCCAUUAGUCAGUUGUUUCUGUUACACUCUGUAUAUAGAUAAAUAAAUGUAUGUUUGUAGCUCAUACUAUAUUCAAAAAUUAUUUAACCUAUUUUAGCGAACAUAUUAGAGAUUGUUCUUAUAGAGAUAUCAGAUUUGUUCUGUCCAAUCUGCCACAAAUGGGUGGCCCGUCUGAAUAUAGUCAAUUAUACGUCAUACGGUAUAGCUUAUUAAACUUUAUUGAAAGUAAUGUGAAAGUGAAACUUAUCAUAUAUUGUACCUACAAAAAAAAAGGUUAGGUUAGGUUAGGUACUGAUACCUAAAUGGUCUUUAGCUUAAUAUAAUUUAUAAUUAUCCCUAUAGUAUCUUCAUCACAUGUUUUGCUUAUAGGUAGAUAAAUACUAGGACGAAUACUAGGAUUCAUAAUCAAUGAUAAUAGUUAUUAAAUAUUAUAAGUAGGUAUAGUGCCUUAUUAUUGUACUUACGUAGCUAUGUGUCUUAUUUAAAUGUGCAUAAACAAAAGUCAAAACUAAACUGUCACGAUUCAUGGAACUCAAUGCAGUAUAAUAUGUUCAACUGUACAAUUUACUAGGAUUUAUUCGAUCAUGAGUAUUGAAUAUAUAAUAUACACGUUUAGAUGUUUUGAAGAUAUUAAAGGAUCCGAUAAAAGAUGUAAUUUUAUGUACCUAUCUAUAUCAAUUAAUUUUUUUCGUCAACUAAUUAAAUUAUUGCUUGUGAUAAACGAUGUUGUAAUAAAAAUAUUAUUACCAAU